UAUAAUUUUAACAAUUACGUACAAUAAUUUUUAUGUAAUAAUUUAACAUAUAUCUAUAACAUAUUUUAAUUAUAAUAUACAUAUAUUGAUAGGAUAAUGCAUAUACAUAUACACAUAUUAAUGUGUUGAAUAGAUUAUAAUACGCAUGAAUAACCGUCGUUACUUUAGUUAUUAUUAAUUGUUAUAUAAAUUAUUCUUAGGUGAUAUACAGAUAUGGUAUAGAUGUAGUCUGAUAUACGUAUACAUUGGAUUAAUAUUUAUUUAUAAUUUCUGGUAGCCAUAUUCAUCCUAUAUGUUAAACAUCCAACAUGGGCGUUUCUUUUGUCGUCUGCAAAGUGUCAAAUACUUUGCGCACAACAAAAAUGUCCAGGAGCAGUAAUACUUUUUAGCCAUUCGAAAACGUUAAAAAGUUGUUUAUGAUUCUUGCCAUUGCCAAAUGCUUCGAAGUGACCGUACGAUAUAUAUUCGUUCGAGAAAAUCGCAAUUUCACUCGGUGUUGGCUAUGACUCACAACCAAAGAGCAUCAUUCGGUAUCGCGACUUUGUCCGAAUAAUUAAGUUAACAUCGAAGAAGAUAAAAUACAUGGCUUCUAUAAAAUUGAAAAUUGUAAUCUCGAUCGUCAAAAUAACAUGAGGCCCGUUUGACUUGACGUUGAAGCCUACUAGAAAAUGAAAAGGUUAUGCCCGAUCGUAAAACGAAAAUUAUGGUAUUAAAGUGUUUUAAAUAAUACGAUUGUUUACUAGAUACGAAUUAUACGAAGUUACAAAUUCAGAGUGAACGUAUAUUGUUGGCUUAAGAUGUAUCUAAUAUAAGAAAAGUGGAUUGACUUAUUUAAUAUGAGAAUCAGCUGAUUCCUAGAUUGACAAAUGAUCUGAUACGUACAUUCGAUGCUUAAGGAAUAAAGAAUAGAAUUGUCUCAUGUCGAAAAUAGCGAUACAUGAAGAACAUACAUAUAUAUAUGUCAUAUUUUUGAACAUAUAGUUUCUUCAUUAUUUUAAAAAAAUAAAAGUUGAAAGAUGUCAGGAAACAAUUCAACUACAGUGGGUACACUCAGAGGUGGUAAUUUACAAAAUCGUAAUUCCCAAAGAUCUACACUUUUGAAAGUGGUAAUCCUGGGUGACGGCGGCGUUGGCAAAUCUUGUCUCAUGAAUAGAUUUGUAUCGAAUCACUUUGACGAACAUAGUUUUCAUACAAUUGGAGUAGAAUUUUUAAACAAAGAUAUUGAAAUUAAUGGAGAGGCAUACACAUUGCAAAUAUGGGAUACAGCUGGACAAGAAAGAUUUAAGACUCUUAGAACUCCAUUUUAUAGAGGCUCUGAUAUUUGCCUUUUAACUUAUGCCGUAGACGAUAGAACAAGUUUUAAAAAUUUAGCACUUUGGAGAUCUGAAUUUCUUUAUUAUGCUGAUGUUCAAGAAGGAUCAACAUUUCCAUUUAUAGUUGUUGGGAAUAAAGUGGACGUUCCAGAUUCUGAGAAGCAAGUUUCUACAGAAGAAGCUCAAGCUUGGUGUGCAGAAAAUGGAGAUCCUCCACUAGUGGAAACAUCUGCAAAGGAUGCAACCAAUGUUGAAGCAGCAUUUGGUGCAGCUGUUGCUGCUUGGGCACAACUUGAAGCUAGACUAGAAAGACCAUUAGUAGAAGAUACUGUUGAUCUUUCGAAACAACAAUCUCCUCAUCGUUCAAGUUGUUGUAUGCCUGUGUCUGGUGCUGAGUAGGUUAUAAAUACAAGAUUUUAAAUAUAUUUUGUUUUCACAAUAUAAUGCAUGAAACAUAUUUCUAAAGAUUCACAAUCAUAAUCUAACUGGAAUGAAUGACAAAGAGAUAAAUCAUUUUUGUGAUGCAUACUGGCAGCCUUGGUAUGGACAUAUGAAAUUUGUUUAUAAAGAGGGUAUGAUAUGUUGCAAAUUGUACCAAUACUUAUAAAUUAUAAUUAAUGUAUUGAGGAUAUAUAAGGACAUUACAUUAUAUGAGAAUUAUAUUAUUUUCUUUGACCUAAGCAAUAUUUAUUACUGACUAAACAAUUUAAAUUUGAUGUUUAAAGAUUAAACACCAUUGGCAACACAAUUAAAAAAAAUCUGAAAUCUUUAAAUAUACGAUUAUGUACUCAAAGAUGACAACAAAGAUAGAAAUAUUUGAUAUUAUUAUUGUAAUGACAAUUUUGCUGGUAAUAUACUUUUUCUUUUAGGUCUAACAAAAUUAUUUGAAGAGAUUUCUUGCCUGUCUACAAUACUUUCCUCGUAAUAAGGUGAAUUUUAAUGCUAAAAGUAGUUUUUGUUUAUUUUAUUUUUAACGAUACUGUUUCUUCUGUUGCCAAUGUGAACAUAUUUAUAUAUUUUUAUAAAUUCAUGUCGUUUUAUUUGUUUUUACAAAUACUUUUCAGUUACGUUAAAAUAUGCAAAGUGAAAUUUCACUUUCGCGGAAAAAAAUAAUACUUUGUGGUUGAUAUUUCCAGAAUACAACUGUAAACUAUAAGGUCAAAUUGAACGUCCUACUCGUAUCACGCUUUGUGCAGUUCGCGAGCUACAGACAGUAUUUUAAGUAUUUCGUACAUCAUUGGCUUGUGAUAAAAUAAUAAUAGUAAUAAUCAUGAUUAUCAACUGCUUUAUAAAUAAGGAAUAGAUAUAAAAUGUAAUUUAGCUUUGUAAUCUAAAUUUGCCUUAUCUUUGCAGUACAAACUAAGGGCAGUAGUAGUAAUAUAUAUUUAUCAUAAAUCCUCUGA